GCUCGCUGGAUGGCACGCUCGAUCGUCCGUCGUGGACGAAGGUUUGAUGAUCGUUCGUCCAGCACAACGUUGUACGGAGGGAGGUCAUCUGCACCCUCUCUCCGCCCGUGCUUCCCACGCGCAUUGCGAGUGUAUGGCAUGGGGACCCUCAUCGUAGGCUGCGAGCGUGUGUCAGCUCCUCAUCUGCUGGUGCAUCUUCGAGGGUGUCGUGCCGGUUAUGGACCCGGCGGCGUGCAGCUCGCGGAUGUCGGGACGGGUUCAUUGAGUGAGGCGCGCUGAUGACAUCAGUGCCUGCGAGCGAGCUUGGCGUUGCUGUGCGCCUGCUCUUCGGGCUCCACUCUCUGAGCUUCGAACCGCCGAGAGUUCUCUCAGUCUACGGCACGCUGCGGUGCACCCGAAGCCGGGACUGGGUGCACAUUGCCCAGCUGCGGCACUCGAGCUUCAGCUGCUGCCUCUUCCGCGCUUCUUGGCUGGACUGGGCUGAACGCGGCUCCCCGAAUCGAACCUGCCGCUGAUAACUCAUGUUCACUUCUGACGAUGACAGCGACAGAGCUCAAACCCAAGCUUCAAUCUGUAGCUUGAACGGUUCCUCUUCAUCUCCGAGCGGAACGGCGCGGUACCCGGUUUCUCUAAUGCUUGGCAUCGCUGCUCUUGGUACUCCUCGAUCUUCUUCUGACGGCACUGUCUUGUGGAUGUCACUCUGCAUGUCGAGCCAAGCGGGUGGGGUCACGAAGUCGGACCGUACACUCGCGACUUCCACGCUCGCAGAGGACGGCUUUAGAGCUCGACUUCUCAUCUCAUCAGUACUCCACAACGCCUCGCUUCGUCCAUUCCCGGAAAGGACAACCCUCCACGCGCCCGAUUACACGGCGAGCGUAGCACUGCUGACAGACAUUGAUUCGGUCGAAACGAUCGAUUCUGCGCUCUCGACCGGGAACUCAAACUGGCACGCCGCCGCGGAGGUCCGACUGCAUCCAUUGAUCCUCGCAAGACCGGCGAGCGCAGCCGUGCUCUUGGCGGCGACGCGACAGAAACGAACCCACCUGCUCGAACGCGACGCGCUCUCCUGCUGAGACGCGGUCAGCUGCCCGGCGCGCGCGCACGACGCGUACAAGACGUCCAGGGGGCUCGGACCGGGCCUCCUUCCCCGACCUUCCCAUAUCGGAGGCGCGGGCACCGCGCCCGCCUGCUCGUCCGCUUUUGGCUGUGCGUCUUGGCGCGUCGGGUGCCCUGUCCCGAAGCCUGUUUGACAGGCCUCCCGCAGAGUGCUCUGGGCGUAUCCAACGACGUCUGUCGUGUUUCGCAGCGCGUCAACGGUGGACUGCUUGGCGCGGCACCCUCCUUCGUCUCCGGCUCUCCCGCGGUACUCAGCGACCUGCGGCGAGCACGCAGCGCUCUGGGCCUGCACCGGUAUCAGCGAUGCAUGCGCCGUCGGCUGUCGAACGUACCGGACACACAAGCUCGCUGCUUCUCUGUCGAUACCUUGCGUACGUGGAUUCGACAGUCGUACGACAAGCCAACGGCUGCUGCAGCAGCCUUGAACGCGAUUGGCUACAUGCAAACUGGUCGGUCGCGCGCCUGGUGACCGUAUGGCCUGUAGCUCAGUCCCCACGGCGAUGCGAGGGACGACAAGCUUGGCACCGCUGCUUCUGUGCAAGAUGAGCGUGUCUCAAUCCGACGCCUCGUAGACCUUUCGUCCAGCGUCGGGCAUGGCAAGCUUACGUCCGGCCUGUCCCCCUGGCCUCCUUUGGAUCAUCCAAUAUCUCUUCAGCACGUCUUCUCCUAGAUAGUGGAGGGCAGACGUCGCAAAUGCGAUACCCUGCCUGUCCUGAUGUCGUGCUUUACGUAGAUC